CGCACAUAAAUUAGGGUUUCUGCAGCCGAUAAACCUCACAAAACACUCAUCUCCUCACCAUCUUCUUCGUUCACUUUUACUCUGUGUUUUCGUUUGUUAUCUUUUUUAGGAUUUCGCCAUGAGCAGAUCAGGUCAACCUCCAGAUCUCAAAAAGUACAUGGACAAGCAACUCCAGAUCAAGCUGAAUGCUAACAGGACCGUGGUUGGAACACUUCGUGGCUUUGACCAGUUCAUGAACCUCGUGAUUGAUAACACAGUGGAAGUUAACGGUGACGAGAAAAAUGAUAUUGGCAUGGUGGUCAUAAGAGGGAAUAGUGUGGUCACUGUUGAAGCACUUGAGCCAGUCGCUAGAAGUCAAUGAUUCCAGACCCCGUAUGAGUAUGAUAUUGAUGUAUUCUGUAACUGAAUUUCUGUUUCUCUAAAGAGAUCUAGUAGUGAAUUGAAAUCAACUUAAACCAGAUUUGCAGCCAGUAAUCUAUCUCCAAUUGCUUGUUUAGUGCAAA